AUGGCACAGGCAGUGCAAAAGCUGGUCUCUAAAGUACCAACUUUGGUUGGCGCCGCUGUCGCCUACUCUAAACCUCGGCUAGCAACAUUCUGGCACUACGCCCGCGUUGAACUUGUCCCACCAAGUCCAGCCGAGAUCCCCAAGGCCAUUGAAGGGGCAAGCAACAUCAUCAAGGGUUUCCAAACUGGGCGUCUCGGUCAAACUACAGUAAGGGAUGCUUUUAGGAAUGGGCUGGUGGCUACGGAAGUACUGAUGUGGUUCUACAUUGGAGAGUGCAUUGGAAAAGGAGGACUCAUUGGCUAUAAUGUCUAA